AUGAAGUUGAAAAAACCUAAAACUGAUACUGAGGAAGUAGUACCUCCUCAAGCAGAGAUCAUAGAAGCAGAUCUAUACAAGCGUUCAUACUUUGGUCCUGAUGUUCCGACAUUGGAGUUGGAAUGUUGGGAAGAGGAACUCUCGGAGGCUCAACUUCAAGCAUACAAGAAUGCAGAUGAUGAAUAUAAGAGCAUACAGAGUAAAUUGGAUGAUAUGGUGAAGGAUACUGGUGGUCAAGUGGUGUAUAAUGGUGACCAGUUUACUGCUUAUCAGCUACUUGGAAAACAACCUGUUCUCAAAGAUUUGGAGAGACAGAGCGCUGAGAUUAUUAGAUCUAGAUCUCGGUCCAUGUCUAUAUCUAAGGAGAAAGAGAAGCCAGCAAAGAGAGGUCGUCCAAAAAAAGUCAACCGCGAAGAAGAUCGUGACUAUUCUCCGUCGCCUGUCAGAGAAAAAUCGCCAGAAGUCAAAAAGAAGAAGAAGAAGGACAAAGAAAAGUACAAAGAGAAAGAAAAAGACAGAGAAAAGGACAAGGAAAAAGAAAAGGAUAAAGACACUAAAACUAAAGAUAAAACUUUGGCCCCCUCCAAUGUCCACAGUGUGGUCACUAAUGUGCGGCCAUCAGAAGCCACAGCCAUUGGUGGCUUGCUCACUGGAAGUGCAACUAAAGCUACUGCUAUUGUGGACUUGACUAAAGACGAUAGCAACAAGAAUGUUGCUGAUUCUAGAGAAGUUUCUUUCAAUAAGUUGCAAGGCAAAACCUUCCCAUCACUGGUGGUGGUUGCGCGCCCAUACCUCCGCGCGAAGGACCAAGCCCCCCCUUCAGACCGGUCAGCCUUGGACAGCAAGGUCAAGUCUGUUCUAAUGCACACUCCGAUGAAGUUUACUGAAUGGCUUAUACAACAAGGACUGGUCAGAUCUGAACAGUGGUGUGUUAUACACCCUGGAAAUAAGCUUAAACUUGGCAUGUAUUCUGACGUAUCGAAAUUCCCCUAUUCCGGCGGCUACGUAUGGAUAUCCGAAUGCUGUCCCACAAGAUUCGUCUCCGUUUACUCCAGCUCCAUAUUUGAAGGAGCCACAUUCCCUCCCAGCGUUCUAUUGAAGCUUGUCUACCACUGGGCUUGUCAAACGAAUGUUCAAAACGUUGUACAAUGGGUUAAAGUGGACAAUUUGUAUGUAAAAGGGUUGUUUACAUGGCUAAGGGCAGUGUGUACUUCGGCUAUUCAUCAACAUAUGGGGUUAUUGGGUGGUUCUGGCAAAAAGGUAGAGGUUGGAGUCAUAUCGUUGGGCACUACAAGCCAUGAUGGUACACAGAGACAAGUGAAAGUCGAAGUUUUGGGUGUCCUGGAUCCUACUGAGAAAAUGAUUCGUCUCCGCGCAGUUGAACCUUUAGCAGAACACGAAAAGAACUAUAAAAAACGCUUCCAAAAGAUUCUCGAACCCUUGACGAAUUGGGUGCAUCAAUCUUCCAUCAUUUUAACUGAUUUGACUGUAGACAAAGGCACCCUUGUCUCUAUGGGAUUCAAAAACGUCCACCAAUCGUCCUCCCAUUCUGACCAACCUGGCAGAAACACUAACGCAAACAUUAUGGAAUAUUUGAGAAGAAUUGUGCCAAGAAUGUUCCAGAAUACAUUGUCGUUGUUGUCGAGACAGAUUAUCCAGCAGUUCUUGGAUGAACUGGUUUGGAGAGAAAUCUAUGGCAUAUCACCGGGUCUAGCGUUUGACAAUAUAGUAACGCAUAUAGCACAACAAAGCAAGAUGGAAUCAAAAGAUCCUAUUACAGUUCGCCUCAACAAGAUUGCUGCGAAUCCCUUCAAGAAUUGGAAAUACCCUACGGGCAAGGCCAGUAAAAAAGAGAAGGUAGAAGAGCCAGAGCCAGAAACAGGUCGUGGUAAACGCGGUCGUAAAAAGAAAGAACCAUCUCCUUCUCCGCCGCCCAAGAAGAGAAAGAAGGAGAAGACUACCUAUAUUGAAGAAGAUGAUGAAGAGAUACCUCUGGCACAGAGUCGAGCUAAAGCUACAAAGAUAAAAGAAGAAAAAGAAAAAACAAAAGAUAAAAAGGCAUCUGCUUCAGACACUCCCGAAGUGAGCGCUAGAGGUCGCAGAGGUAAACCUAUCCGGUCGUAUGUUGACGACGACCUGGACGACAUUCCCUUGAAAAACAUUAAAAAAGAGGUGGCCCCACAAGAGACCUUGUCUAUGGAAAGGUAUUAUUUCGGACAAAUCGGCGGCGUUACUAAUUCUGAGAAAAUGGCAAUAGCUGUUGAGUGUCCUGUCUGCCACAUAGAAUUUAAUGACAACUUCCUGCUGAUGACGCAUCUAUACCAACAUGCAAUUCCAUCUAGCGACGGUUCAGAAUCCCAGUGUCUCUACUGUCUCACACGAUUCCCGUCCGAGGAUGAGUUGACUACCCAUCUCAAACACAAUCACCCGGCUGAUACUAAGUCACCUGACCUGUUCACAUAUGCGUGUCUUAUUUGUGAGGUCCGCUUCGCGGCGGUGCUGACGCUGGCGUCGCACAUGCAAAAGACGCACGCGCCGCUGGAGCUGCCGUACGCGUGCGACGCGUGCGACUACCGCGUGUCGUCGCACCGCGCCGCCGCCGACCACUACCGCGCCGCGCACGCGCGCUCCAACACCGUCUUCUGCCCCUUCUGUCUCAAGGUUAUCAAAGUGUACGCGAACGGCCACGAGCUAACUGCCAACGUAGUACUGUACUUGGAUCAUUUGAAACAGCACCAAGACAAAGAGCUGGAAGUUCGGUGUAACAGAUGUGUCCUCAAAUUUGUACAUCUCGGUCAACUGAAAGAACAUCAAGUACGCGACCAUAUCACAGUCGAGGGUGCAACUCCACUCUGUUCUGAAGAACAUUUGAUCACUAAACCAAGGAAUAAGGCCCGACCGCCAGUGAAAGACUCUGCGUGUCAUACUAUAAGCGAAACCUUGGAAGGUCUGACCCUGGUGUUGCCGGAUGGUAUGCUGUGUAGAGAGUGCGACACACCGCUCGAAAGGGAUAAACAUUUCUUGGGUAGGACUCGGUGCACGAAGUGUUCGUACGUGACGCAGUGCUACCGCGCCAUGCUGCGGCACAGCGGCUACUGCGCGGGCCCGCACUCGCUCGAGGACGCGCCGCGCCCCGCGCCGUACCGCACGCACUGCGUGUGCGGGUACAACACGCCCAUCGGCACUGACAUGUUGACGCAUUUGCUCAUGUGUGACCACAAGAGUGCGUAUAGCUCCGAGGAGGAAGCCCGCGCCAAUACGGUUCGGUCCGGCGAAGACCCGCCUGUCAACUUACCCUCUAAAACAGUAGAAGAAACACCGCCAGCGGUCGAGCCGGCGGUGGAGAAUGUGCCAGCUAUAUCAGACUACGCGCCUCCGUCUGUACUGAACACGCAACUUUCGCUGGAUGACCUGGGACCACCCUCUGUGUUGCAAUCUGACCAGCAUGAUCAAGAGCUACUAAAGGAUGCGUACGACCGUCCGUUAGCAACCCCUCGUCAUGAAGAACCUCAUUAUAGUCUCGGUGACUUCGAGCCUUUACCACAAGAACCACCACCGCAGCCGGACUUCGAGCAACUUUAG